AUGAUUUAUGACAACAAGGCUGAUGAAUUCGCAGAAAGGGACUCUGGAUGGAUCUUACUAAAUCUUCUUUUUAUGGAAAUUAACAUCAACAAAUUCAAUCCUUUGAGAGCGUCAUCGUUUAUUCAACUUCCUCCUGAAAUAGUACGACGUCAAGCUGUCGUCAACAUAAGAAAUAACGAUGACUACUGCUUCGCAUGGUCCGUAGUUGCAGCCCUUCAUCCUCCAACAGGUGUUGAUUUUCAAACAUCAUCAUACCCACACUAUUCAUCAGUUUUGAACACUACAGGUAUUGAUUUUCCAAUAUCAUUAAAAGACAUUAAAAAUUUUGAAAAUCAAAACAAUAUUUCUAUCAAUGUGUACGGUUUAGAAAAAUAUUAUAAUAAAAUUUCUAAUAAUGAAGAAUAUGAAAUAAUUGGUCCUCUACAUUUUUCUAGUGAUAGAAAAAAUAUUCAUGUUAAUUUGUUACUAAUAAAUGAUGAUGAUGGAAAUUUUCAUUAUUGCUACAUUUCCGAUCUUUCUAAAUUAAUUUCUAAACAACUUAGUAAACACAAUGGAAGAAAAUAUUUGUGUGAAGGAUGUCUUCAAUACUUUGAUACAGAACAAAAAUUACAGUAUCAUAAUAGUUAUGAUUGUGAUCAUGUUAGAAUUAAUUUACCUUCUAAAGAAUUAUUUAAAGACAAAUAUGGAAAUGUAGCAUAUGAAAACACAUUAAAAUAUAUAAAUUAUCAAAAGCAAAUGAAAGUUCCUUUUAUAGUAUAUGCAGAUUUUGAAUGUAUUUUAAAACCUUUGAAUGAGAAUUAUGAUGUAGAAAAUCCAAAUAAUUCAUAUACAUUAAAAAAAUUUGAACAUAUUCCAUACUCUUUUGCGUAUUACAUCAAAUGUUCAUUUGAUGAUGAAUAUUCUAAGUUUGAAAAAUAUAGAGGUUUGAAUAGCGAACAAGUUUUUAUAAAUUAUCUAGAACGAGAUGUAUUAAAUUUAUAUCACACUUUUCUAAAAAAUCCUAAAAAGAUGAAUACUUUAUCCGAAUUAGAACAAACUACACAUAAUAAUUCCACAAACUGUCAUAUUUGUGAAAAACCGCUUUUAGGGGAUAAAGUUGCCGAUCAUUGUCACAUUACAGGCAACUAUAGAGGGCCGGCUCACUCUUUAUGUAAUAUAAAUUUUAAAAUUCCUAAUUUUAUUCCAGUUAUAAUGCACAACUUACGUAAUUACGACAGCCACCUAUUUAUAAAGACUAUGUGUUCAAAUAAAGAACAACUAUCAGUAAUUGCCCAAAAUAAAGAGAAAUAUAUUUCUUUUGAAAAACACAUUCUCGUAGAUAAUUAUUUUGAUCAACAUACAAAAAAUUUAAAAAAAAGAAAUUUAUCAUUGAGAUUUAUCGACUCCUUUCAAUUCUUAUCAUUUUCUUUAUCUAAUUUAGCAGAUACUUUAAAAGAUGAGCAAUGUAAAGAAAUAAAAAAGAUUUUCGAAGAUGAGGAACAAUUUAAACUUAUUCGUCAAAAAGGUGUAUUUCCAUAUAGUUAUAUUGACAGUUUUGAAAAAUUAGAGGAAACUGCUUUACCUAAAAAAGAUCAGUUUUUUAAUAGUUUAACAGAUGAACAUAUUACUGAUGAGGAAUACCAAAGAGCUCUUAAAGUUUGGGAUCUUUUCGAAUGUGAAAGUAUAGGAAAUUAUUCAGACAUAUAUUUGCUAUCAGAUACUUUACUUUUAGCUGAUAUUUUCGAAAAUUUUCGAAAAACAUGUUUGUCAACAUAUAAACUAGAUCCUGCACACUUCUACACAUUUCCCGGCUUAUCAUGGGAAGCGUGUUUACGCUAUACAGGCAUCGAACUGGAAUUAUUAACAGAUCCGGAUAUGUUGCAUUUUUUCAAAAAUAGCGUUCGUGGUGGGGUAAGUUCAUGCAUAACACGGAAAUCAGAGGCAAACAAUCCUUUUCUAUCAAAUUUUGAUGCAACAAAACCUAAUAAAUAUAUAAUGUACUAUGAUGCAACAAAUUUAUACGGUUUUGCUAUGUCCCAAUAUCUGCCAACAGGUGAUUUUGUAUGGUUAACCGAAAAAGAAAUAAAAAAUCUAGAUAUUUUUUCAAUUUCUAGUACAUCUAGCAAAGGAUAUGUUCUAGAGGUUGAUCUGGAAUAUCCUGAAAGUCUCCACGACACUCAUAACGAUUUUCCUUUUUGUCCAGAAAAUUAUAAACCACCUAAUUCAAAAUCUGCAAAAUUAAUACCAAAUUUAAACAAUAAAUCAAAAUAUGUAAUUCAUUUCCAAUUACUAAAACAAUAUUCUUUUAUUCUGGAAGUGACAACAGAAAAUGUUUACCAUGAUAUGAAUAGAAAUAUUCAUAAAUUUGACACUUCCAAUUAUGUACCCAAUAAUAUGCAUAAUAUGCCAAUAACACAAUCAGUGGUUGGCAAAUUUAAGGAUGAAUAUGCUGGUGAACCGAUUGUAGCUUUCUAUGGUACCGGAGCAAAAGCUUACUGUGUAAAAACCGAAAAUGGUUUAAUAAAGAAAGCCAAAGGAUAUGAGUCUAUAGAAACAUUAUGGCGAUUAAAGGAAGUUGUGGAUUACAGAAUUUCUAUUAUAAAGAAACAAGAAUUUUCACUUUACUUUAAAGUAUUCCAAACCAGCAUUUCAAUUCAGGAAGGUGAUCCUAUUGAUAAUAUUUAUCGCAUUUUACAACCCAAUCAAAAUCCCAACAGUGAAAAUGUUUCAACCAUGUUGGAGUUCCUGAUACUGUACCCGGAGGAAUUGGAAAAAAGGUUGAAGAGGAAUGAACUCAAAAGAAAAUAUUAUGAAGAAAUCGGUGACUUUUCAGGAAGAGAAAAAUAA